UUCCGCCCCACACUACUCUCCACACUCUCUCUUUAUCUGCCCCCACUUUUUCUUUGCAUAUAUACUGACUCUCAACUCUCACAACUCCAUUAAUCAGCUGCACCAAUCACUUCCCUUGCAUCUUACCCAAGUUGUCAGAUACCUUGUUGUAGGAGAAACAAUGUCGGAUUGGGGUCCUGUUUUUGUGGCAGUGGUGUUGUUCGUGCUGCUAACACCAGGGUUGUUGUUUCAGGUGCCGGGGCACCACAGGUGCGUGGAGUUUGGCAACUUUAAGACUAGUGGUGCUUCGAUUCUGAUCCAUUCCCUGCUGUAUUUUGGGCUCAUUUGUGUCUUCUUGCUUGCCAUUAAGGUUCACUUGUAUAUAGCCUCAGUUAGAGUUGGACAAGUUAUUGGUUCAGGUUCCCUCAUCCAGUGGCAGAUGAAUUCUAGAGGGAAAGUUCUUCUUCAGUUAAUGUGUUGGAAGAAGUUAAUUCUGAGGGAUUUGCAAGAUGCAAUGAUGACGGAAAUUCAAGCAAGCAAUGCUGGUGUAACUUCCCCUAAUAGUGAUUUACCUGAUUCCAAGAAAAGGAUCGCUCCAAGUCAGUCAUCUUCGAUUCGUUUUGUAAAGAAAUUAAGAAGCAUGGCGGAUUGGGGGCCGGUGGUGAUAGCAGUGGUGCUUUUUGUGCUGUUAAGUCCAGGGUUGUUGUUUCAGUUGCCAGGGAGGAACAAAGUGGUGGAGUUUGGGAACAUGCAAACGAGUGGGAUUUCAGUCCUUGUCCAUGCCAUAAUCUUCUUUGGCCUCAUCACCAUCUUCCUCAUCGCCAUAGGUGUUCACAUCUACACUGGAUAGGAUAGCUACUUCUACAUUUGUUUUUUU